AUGCAUGUAUUAAUGAAUAUUGUAGACCAAUUGAAGUUUGAUAAGAGUCAUACGUGUCUGGUAUUUGAUUGCAAGCACACCAAAAAGAUCAUAUUGACAGUGUUUGCAUGGCGAGCGCGUACGGGCCAUCAUCCAGAAGCCUUAGAUUGCCUAUACCAGAUCGAAGCUCAGCCCUGCUCGAAAAGGUCACAGACGGAGCACGGACCUGAGAACGACGGCGGAGUGAACAACGGUCAAAUAUCGGCACCUACGAAGUCAAUGAGUGGCCAAGGAGAGCAAACUAUGCACCUUAAAACACUUGCCCUUCGUACAGCUAUUGCGCUGAAGGCGAGCGAAGUGGAAAGCAGUGCUGCAUAUGAUACAUUGAAGAAGCUCAGCCCGGCCGCAGAAACAGCCGAAGCCGUGUGUGCCGAUCUUCUGUUUAUUCUCGUGGAUGAAUAUAACUUCACAUACGACCAGACCGCUCUUCCAUUGUUCAAACUCUUCGUGAUGGGCGGGGGCUUCGCCAAUACGAACGUUUCUGUGAGUGAUGCGGACGUUCCUCUGCACCUGUCCGAUCCUUUGCUGAGCCGAGAAGUGCUGCUCAUGUCCAUCGUAUAUAGGCUGAAGUGCCUCACAAACAAGUUCAAAUCUAAGUCCAAGGAUCUUCUGGGCGCCUUGGAUUGCGACGACGCCACACCGUCCCCCGGCACUACACCUAACUCCACCACAUGCCCAACAAAUGGCCAAAUGAACGGCAAACCCCGUGUUGUACAUGUGGACUAUCAUGAAGUAAGCACGCACCAACGAGAUGCCAUAACUCCUUCGGAAACUGUGGGUGAAGACAAACUAAGUGGACAUUCCGGACUAGUGAACGCACUCACGGCAAUCGCUGGCCAUACGGUUGAGACGUCAACAGAGGAACCACCAUUGCGAGGAAACCUUGCCGACUGGAAGACCGUGGAACAGCAGCCCCGAUGGUUGGAGAUACAUGUCGCGAAGCACCAGCACAACUAUGUAAUGCGAGCUGUGACCGCACUGCUUGGGUUCGAGAACGUCGAGACGCCUUCGAAACGCAACCAGACAUCGGUGCGGAUUCGAUUGGAUAAUACUGCACCGGAAACCGACAACCCAGUCUUUCUCUACAGCCAAGGACAUCGCGUGGGCGACGGAACAUAUAAGGCGGAUGAGUGA